AUGGCUGUCUACUUGGAGGAGCUCUUCCUCCGACGGCAAGAUCACCUUCCGAGGCCAUACUUCGAGUCUAUGUCACUUAUCGCCACCUUGGUUGUCAUGAAUAUCUAUAAAAGCCAAUGCAGUCCCCGAUUAACCCAAAAGGAUUCAUCCCAAGCCUCCAACUACCUCAAAGUCUUUGUCCCUCCUCUCAUUCUACCUUUUCAAACCUUCAACUUCGCAAAAAUGAAGUUUAUCGCUGCCACCAUUCUCAUCGCCGCCACUACUGUCGUUGCUCAAUAUGACCCUUGCCGCUCACCUCUUUUCGCAGUUCCUCUCUGCUGCAAGACCGAUGUUCUUGGAGUCCUCGGUUUGAACUGUGAAGCGCCAAUCAGGGCUCCUCUUAACGCCGCUGGCUUUCAGGCCACUUGCGCUUUAGCCAAUGCUCGGGAUUCUAAGUGUUGUCUUGCUCAUCUGCUCGACCAGGCAGUUCUCUGCAUCCCACCCAGUCCCUAA